CGAAGAAGAAGUAGAUGUUGCGACAGAAAAAACGCUUGACGGCAGCGCCAAACUGCUUCCGCCUUGGACGUGCGAGGACUAUUAAAUAGCACAACAAUCGGGAUUAUCUUGAAAACAACCUCGCCAUGAUAGCAUCUGUGGCCAUGACUGCAACAUGCCCAGGCUUGUACUGCGGCAGGAUACUGUUCAACGGUUCUGUUGAGAGAGACUGUGGGGUUUGUCCUCGUGGAGAGCGGGCCAACGACCAGAAGGUGUGCGAACGCUGCACCGAGUUCCCCGAGCUUUACGAUUGGCUCUACCUGGGCUUCAUGGCCAUGUUGCCUCUCGUAUUGCACUGGUUCUUCAUUGAGUGGUAUUCGGGGAAAAAAAGUUCCAGUGCUUUCCUGCAACACAUCACUGCCAUGUUGGAGUGCAGCAUGUCGGCUGUGUUUACAUUGCUGGUGACCGAGCCCAUCGGGAUGCUCACUAUCCACUCCUGUCGGGUCCAGAUGCUGUCAGACUGGUACACCAUGCUUUAUAAUCCCAGUCCGGACUACAUCAACACUUUACACUGCACUCAGGAGGCUGUCUACCCACUAUACACGAUCGUGCUAAUCUACUACGCCUUCUGCUUGGUCUUGAUGAUGCUGCUGCGCCCGCUACUUGUUAAGAAGAUUGCAUGCGGUCUGGGCAAGUCGGACAGAUUCAAGAGCAUCUACGCUGCUUUAUACUUCUUCCCCAUCCUCACGGUGCUGCAGGCUGUCGGGGGAGGACUUCUCUAUUAUGCGUUUCCCUACAUCAUACUGGUCCUGUCUCUGGUCACUUUGGCUGUGUACAUGUCGGCCUCUGAAAUACAGUCCUUCAAGAACCUGGUUGCCAAGAAGAAGCGUCUGGUGGUGUUGUUCAGCCACUGGUUGCUGCACGCGUACGGCAUCAUCUCCAUCUCGCGCCUGGACAAGCUGGAGCAGGACCUGCCGCUGCUGGCCCUGGUGCCCGGCCCCGCCCUCUUCUACAUCGCCACAGCUAAGUUCACGGAACCCAGCCGAAUCCUGUCGGAGGGCGGAAACGGACACUGACCUUUUCUAACGACACGGACUCAUGGAAGCCAAUAUAUAAAAAUAUAAAUCUUUUCCAGCAUCGUUGCUUCAGUGAAAUGGUCUUUCCCGGUGUUCUGUCCAAUGGAGCUGCUUCCUCAAAUAAGAGCUAACUGGACACCAUUCAAUGGCGUCUUUUUAAUCACGCCCAUUUAGGUUACAAAUAACGCUCCCACUGUAGCAUCGCGGUUAAUAAGCAACGUAAUUACCCUAAAUUCCAAACUAGAAGCCGCUACUUUUUUCUUGCACUUAAUUAACUUACAAGACGAUGGAUUUCCCUUCGCUGACGGCCGUAAUAGAAAUAGUUUGGAAAAAAACAAAACAAGCAAAAAACAUUGAGAAGGUGUGUUAUUGUUUGUGCUACGGCGCCAUCUUUCGGACAAGUUCGCUCACUGCAGCUGCUGCAGUGUCCUUCUAUUUAGCGCCAGUCAAUCUUCGGGCCGUCCACAGCGUUUCUACUCGCAUGGAUUCUUCAUUCAUCACUCCGAGCAACCUUUGUAAGUUUUACAAUAUAACUAAAACUGUUCAUACUUACUAAAGCGUCCCAUGUGUGACGUCUGUAGGAGGGUUUUCAUGCAUAUUUGCACGUGCUAUCAAUUGCACGAGCUAAUAUGCUAACACGUUUACGAGUGUCUGAGUUAGUAUUAUUAACUUACGACAUUAUUUUUUUGUAUUGUUUUCAAUUCCACAAAUUCCUCAGUAAGUUCACCAAAACGUCACCGUGGAGUUAUUGAGUCUGUUUAAGCUGAUCGGAGAGCUAGCUUGUGCAGCUAGCGGGUCCAUGACGACAGGUGCUCUCCGGUUUAGAGCUACGAACCGGAAGUACAAUUGCCGUUCCAUCUUCUAAGUUAUCCAUAGCGUUUCUACUCGCCUUUCAUCACUCCAAGCGACGUUUGUAAAUUUUACAAUAUAACUAAAACAAUUGGUACUUACUAAACAGUCCCACGUGUGAUGUCUGUAGGAGUGUUUUCAUGCAUAUUUGCACGUGCUAAGAUUAGCUAAUAUGCUAACAUGUUUACAAGUGUCUGUGUUAGUAUUAUUAACUUACAAUCGCAUCCUUUUUGUGUUGUUUCACUUUCACAAAUUCCUCAGUAAACUCACCAAAACGUCACCGUGGAGUUAUUGAGUCUGAUUAGCUGAUUGGAGAGCUAGCGUGCGCAGCUAGUGGGUCCAUGACGACGACUUCUGUUUUGUUCGAUCAGCCGUUUUACUGCCCUGUCACAGACACGGUUUGGAAACAAUUAAGGUAUGUAAAUAAAUAUUUAUCUUUUCUGUGUAAAUAGCUAAUUUCCAUACAUUUUCUACCGCUUGUCCCUUUUGGGAUCGUGGGGGGUGCAAUUUCACAACGUAUAUAUCUGCGGCUAAUAUAUGGAAAAAUAUGUUUUUCUUCUAAAAAUUUGCGAAAAAAACGUUAUUUUGCAUUCAGGCUACUGGUUUUAGGCAACAUUUUGAUUGAUUGAUUGAGACUUUUAUUAGUAGAUUGCACAGUACAGUACAUAUUCCGUACAAUUGACCACUAAAUGGUAACACCCCAAUAAGUUUUUCAGCUUGUUUAAGUCGGGGUCCACGUUAAUCAAUUCAUGGUAAUUGCUAGCUAAUAAACAUGACUUUUUUUAAGAGGCUGAACUCUUUCAGAAAUGACUCUUGCAGCAACUGUCGUUGUUGACAUGCCUGCUGGUCAGAAGAUACACUGAAAGAAAUGCUCAGCAGCGUCGGGUAUGACUUUGACUGGUAGCGGACUUGGACAGAACACCAGAAGGACAGUUAAUGGGCACUUCCUCAAUAAACAUUUAAAAAGAUCGAGAAUAAUGUCUAAAAUCAAAAAUAUGGCAUGUUUUACUUACUUGAUAAUACAUUAAAACAUACUGUACAUAUACAAGUACAUAUACAUAUGCACAUAAUCAUGUUUCAUCAAACAUAAAUUAACGUUGUUGCCCUAGGGCAGGGGUCGGCAACCCAAAAUGUUGAAAGAGCCAUAUUGGACCAAAAAUACAAAAACAAAUCUGUCUGGAGCCGCAACAAAUUAAAAGCCAUAUUACAUACAGAUAGUGUGUCAUGAUAUAUAAAUGUAAUUAAGAGGACUUAAAGGAAACUAAAUGAGCUCAAAUAUAGCUACAAAUGAGGCAUAAUGCUGCAAUAUGUACAUAUAGCUAGCCUAAAUAGCAUGUUAGCAUCGAUUAGCUUGCAGUGGCCAACUAUGUCUGAUUAGCACUCCACACAAGUCAAUAACAUCAACAAAACUCACCUUUGUGUAUUCACGCACAACGUUAAAAGUGUGGUGGACAAAAUGAGACCGAAAAAGAAGUGGCAUAAAACACGUCCUAGAAAGUCGGAGAAAGUUGUACAUGUAAACAAACUAUGGUAAGUUCAAGGACCGCCAAAAUUUGUAGGACAAAAUGACGCUCGCCAAAUACUCGAAUCAGUGAAGCAUGUUUAAUACAAACAGUGUGAUUUAUAACAAUUAGAAAGGUUUGUGUCAUGUUUGUCCUCUGACAGAAACCAUACUAAAACAAAAAAAUAGAUUUUUUUUCCCCUCAUCUUUUUCCAUUUUUCAUACAUUUUUGAAAAAGCUCCAGAGAGCCACUAGGGCGGCACUAAAGAGCCGCUAGAGCCGCGGGUUGCCGACCCCCGCCCUAGGGUAAACUGGGUAUAACACAUGGCACACUGACAAAGCUUAACCUAUUGUUACUAUAACAAUCUACAAGGUUAAUAUAGGUUGCUUCUCUUUCUUCCCCUCCAUUUUUCUGCAUUCUUUUGUAUCUCUAGUGAUCAUCACGUACAUGUAUUGUUGCAUUUCAACAACUGUAUUGUUGAUAAUAGAGAUCAAUUAUUGGUAUUGUUCAUUAUCAAUAGCGCUAGCUCUCCAAGUCAAACACCCCCCCCAAAAAAAAAGGUAAUUUACAAAUAAGAUGGCAUGUACUUGUAAAUUUAGAUGUAUAUAUUUUGAAAUUGCCUAAGUUUAAGUAGCGUGAAAGAAGACAACAUGUCCACAACACUGAUAUAUUCCUUCUUAAGAAUGCAAUAUGUAUGAAGGAAAUGUACAUAAUGUCAAUAUUUCAACCCACUAAGAUAUAUGUUACAUAGAAGCAAGUGUUAGAUUUGAUCAUGUGAUAGAAUCAUUGUGCUCAGUGGACAUUCUAUCCGUAUUCUGGUCAAUGUAAACAAACAUUUUAAGCGCACAACCAUCCACGUGUCCACACUUUUGGACUGUAGGGCCAAAAGCCGGAGUAACUGUACAUAUACAUUAUUUAAAUAAACACGUUUCAGUGA